AUGAUCGAUGCAGAGAAUCUUUGGACGGCUUCGCAGUACAUCAACAAUCAACUGCUGUCGAGGGGACUUCUUCGAGAUGGCCGCGACAUCGAUUUCACAGGCCUUGGAGAAGAGCAGUAUAGUACUGCAGAGACUGCGAGUCGCAUCAUAAGCAUCCUGAAUGAUCUCAUUAUCCGACGAGAUCGAGAUGCGGAGCAACGCGAAUCCCUCUCAGCAGCGCUGCGAAAUAUUAAAGCGGAGAAUUUGAAAUACACAAACGACAUUGCCCGACUAUCAGAGAAAGCCGCCGAAGCACAGCGCAGAAGCGAUAUCGCCACGGCUUCCGAAGCUUCGCUCAAGACCCAGCUCAAGUCAGCAGAGUCGACCGUGCGAGGACUCAAAGAUGAGCUGGCGCGUACAAAAGGAUUAGUGGCACAGGUGCGAACGGCAUGUGCAACUGAAGUACGGAGACGCGAUCGACAAAUCGAAAGUCUCAAGAAGCAGGUUGGCGAGGCGGGUCGUGCGAGAGGAACAAGGACCAGCUCUGGGGUCGUGUCGAUUACCGUGACAGGUGAUGUGGGCAAUGAAAGCAGGAGGUCGCUCACACGUGGAGGAAACAUUGAAGACGAAGAUUAUUCCUUGCGUACCGAGACAAACUCUUUCCUUGCUAGCUUGGCGCAGAACUUGAGCGAGGAGAACGAAACUCUCUUGAAUGUCGUGCGGCAGGCGAAAGAUCGUUUGUGCGAGAUGAGUGGAUGGAACAGCGAAGAGAAAAAAGAAGAUGCUGAGGUUGUGAAGCCGCAAGGCUGGCAAGAGAUGGCAUCGGAGCUGGGUGCUGUGAUGGAACACCUGAGAACAAUCUUAACGAACCCAUCCUUCGUGCCAAUUGAAGAGGUUAUGGUGCGAGAGGAAGAAAUCGAUCGUCUUAAAGCUGGUUGGAUCAAGAUGGAGAGUCGAUGGGAGGAUGCUGUUCAUCUGAUGGAUGGCUGGCGGAAGAGAAUGGCUAAAACCGGAAAACCUAUUGGGGAAGAAGAUCUCAAGAUGGGACUACAUUUGAGCCCGGUUCGCGUCUCUAAUGUUGAGGAAACAAGAACCGGACGAGAACCUGGCCUGCCAGCCGUGGCAGAAGAAAGCGAAGAAGAGGAAGAAGAAGAGGAUGAGUUGAAGCGUUCGCCUUGUCGUCCUAAAGGACCAUACCACGUAAUGGCUGAUGACGCGGACGCGGAUGAAGAGGUUGGCGAUCUCGAAGAGGACAUUUAUGGUUAUAGUAAUGAUGAAUCAGGUGGCGUUGACGAUAACGACGGCAAUGACGACGGCGAUGAUGGCAACGAUGACGGCGACAAUAUGGAAAUCGAUGACUAUAAUGUUGGAGCACCGGAUAACCAUGUCUCAGCGAGUGAACAAACUUCGGGGGCGGCUGAUGAUAAUAUUCGACGAUUUAUGGACUCAGAACAACCUCCAAUACCGCCGCCUCACUUAGUUCCUCUUCAGAAUUCUUCUUCAGCUGGCAAUCGUGGUCCGUUGCAAACUAGACAUCGACAGAAGCCUAGUGGCUCCAUCAUGCAGCAGUCAACUGCAGUUACCAGUGCCGAAGCUUCUGAUUUCGCGUCUAUUCGAGCUGCAAGGCAGCCUGCAACUUCCCAAAGGCAGCGACCUGAUGCCGCAAAGACAACCAAACCUGAAGAGCGGCCCCUCGUUGCAUCGACCUCAUCUCUGGAUGAAGCUCUACUGUCAAACUACCGAGCAGAAGAACAUCCGUCCUCUCGAAGCGGGCCUGCGGUUGGCGCCAGUUCUAACACGGGAGGCAUACGAUCCAACCCACGUCGUAUGCCUGUCCGUCUGGCACCAACACAGGCAAACAGAGUCUCGCGGCCACAGUUUGGCAGCUCACCAUCUAAAGCUGCGAUUGCCGCUAAGCUCGCCGCCUCAGAAAAGCAAGCUGAGGCUGCGCGCGCGAAACUCCAAGCCCUUCGCACCUCGAAGACUGCUCAAGGACCAGCGGUGGCCUCUGCCACAGAGCUGUCGAGACCCUCGGCGGCGGCAAGAAUAAACGCUUCGGUAAGCGGUCGUCCCAGGAGCACUAGUCCGGUAAAGCGCGAAGUUGCGCAGCAAGAAGCACAGAAACCUGAGAAACGCAAGAGGGAUAUCCGGGUGGCUAAAGUCUCGUCGAGACGGAGGAGCACGCUCAGUCCUUUAGAACUCCAAGGCUUGAUAUCUGGCAAUGUUGAAUGA